AGAGAUCACAAGCAGGAGGGGCAUAGAAGCGAGCAAAAAGCAAGAGUGAAGCAGUGAAAGAAGCAAUGACCAAGGGAGAAGAGAAGCUAAGGUCCUGGUGACCCUGGGCGUCCAAGUGGAUUAUUGGGGCAAAACUGGAGGGGAGGCAGCAACCAGGUGCCUAGUCCUUCUCAUUACACGUAAUCCCAAAUCAGCAUCCAAUGAAGACGAGAGGCAGCGGGUGACAAAAAUAAUUUCAAAAGCCCUCGAGGAAAUGUAAACCAAGGGGAAAGUAUGAAUGGUGUGUCUGAAAGACAAGUGUGCCCAGCGCUUCCCUCUGUCCCUAGCAGGGGACGGUGGCCCGGCCCAGCCCAGCCCUGUCACCGGCCACCUACCUACUGGUGAUCCGAUUUUUUUCCUUCUCUUCCUUCUUAUUUUGGGCUGUCCAAGGAUACUGAAUUUGGAAACUAAACAUUGUUCUCUUGGCCUCUCUUCAAAACACCAACUUUGUCCCUCGUUGUCAGAGUAAUAUUUUGUGAUCUUAGAUAUCAGUUCUAUUUAUUGUUUUUUUCUACUUAAGGAAAACGUCAACAUAAUCCCCAUUCCCCGCUCCAAACCUCCCCGCCAGCACCCCAAGCCUUCCUUACUCCCCUCGCUACCCCUACUUGGUGCUCUUCACCUGAUUUGCCUGGAAUCCCAGCCCAGCGGAACCUGUUUAGACACAUGGAGAAGGAUCCCAACUUCGCAAGGCACAGAGCCUGCUUCUUCUUCCUAAGCUUUGCCAACGCUUCCUGGAAGUCCUGAAUCUCUUGCAGUGCAGUGAGUUCAUGCACCUUCUUGCCAAGCCUCAGUCUUCGGGAUCUGGGGAGGCUGCAUCGAAAGCUCUGCCUGGUUUUCCUAACUCCUUUUGCAAGGCUCCUGGUCUCCUUUGCCAGGUCCAGCUGCUCCCCUGGUCCCCUUUCCCCUGUUUCGCACAUGAAGAUGCACUUGCAAAGGGCUCUGGUGGUCCUUUCGCUGCUGAACUUUGCCACAGUCAGUCUCUCUCUCUCUACUUGUACCACCUUGGACUUUGGUCACAUCAAGAAAAAGAGAGUGGAAGCCAUCAGGGGACAGAUCUUGAGCAAGCUGCGGCUCACCAGCCCCCCUGAAGCAUCAACGUUGGCCCAUGUGCCCUACCACAUCCUAGCCCUCUAUAACAGCACCCGGGAGAUGCUGGAGGAGAUGCAGGAGGAGAAAGAGGAAAGCUGCACCCAGGAAAACACUGAGUCGGAAUACUAUGCCAAAGAAAUCCAUAAGUUCGACAUGAUCCAGGGUCUUGCAGAGCACAAUGAGCUGAGUGUGUGUCCCAAAGGGAUUACCUCCAAGGUUUUCCGCUUCAAUGUAUCCUCGGUGGAGAAAAAUGGAACCAACUUAUUCCGAGCUGAAUUCCGAGUCUUGAGGGUGCCCAACCUCAGCUCCAAACGGACUGAGCAGAGAAUCGAGCUCUUUCAGAUCCUGCGGCCUGAUGAGCACAUCGCCAAGCAGCGCUACAUCAGUGGCAAGAACCUGCCCACCCGAGGCACAGCCGAAUGGCUGUCUUUUGAUGUCACUGACACAGUUCGGGAAUGGCUUCUGCACAGAGAGUCCAACCUGGGACUAGAAAUCAGCAUUCAUUGUCCAUGUCAUACCUUCCAACCUAAUGGAGACAUCUUGGAGAACAUUCACGAGGUGAUGGAGAUCAAAUUCAAAGGUGUUGACAGUGAGGAAGAUUAUGGGCGUGGAGACCUUGGGAGACUGAAGAAGCAGAAGGAUCACCACAAUCCUCAUUUGAUUUUGAUGAUGAUCCCUCCACAUCGCCUUGACAGUCCAGGCCAGGGAGGCCAAAGGAAGAAACGGGCUCUUGAUACCAACUACUGCUUCAGGAAUUUGGAGGAGAACUGUUGCGUGCGUCCUCUCUACAUCGACUUCCGACAAGAUCUAGGCUGGAAGUGGGUCCAUGAACCUAAGGGCUACUAUGCCAACUUCUGCUCAGGUCCUUGCCCAUACCUCCGAAGUGCAGACACAACUCAUAGUACGGUGCUGGGACUGUAUAAUACGCUGAACCCUGAAGCGUCUGCUUCACCUUGUUGUGUGCCCCAAGACCUGGAGCCUCUGACCAUUCUGUAUUACGUUGGGAGGACCCCCAAAGUGGAGCAGCUAUCCAACAUGGUGGUGAAGUCCUGUAAGUGCAGCUGAAAUGCUGCCAGCCCUACCUGCGACCAAGAGAGAGGGAGAGAGAGAGAGAGAAAAAAAAUAAAACCCAACACAACUGCUAAUGUGGAACUGCUCCUAGGGAAACACAAGAAGAACAGACUUCACCUAGAGACUGGGAGACCACAACCUUCAGCCCUGGACCCAUUGCUGAGACUGAGGCUCCCUUUUGGAACAUUUUCUCUUUCUCGCUAGCUCUGACAAUGACUGUGGUGAAAAAAAAAGUGUGGGUUUGGUUAGGGGAAAACCAGUGUCUCCAAAAUACUUGGAUUCUUCUGUGAUGCUCUUUGUGGAUGGUAGGGAAAGAGGAAUUUAGCAAAUCAAGGAGUUUUGCUAUGUUAUAAUCGAGGGGUAAUGUGGGGAAAGGGGGAGAAAGUGUAGAAAAUGUCCGAGGGGGAACGACACUUUUGACCUGAGUUUAGGUUGGCUCAUCGCUGCUGCCUGUUUGUCCUUGGGAAUCUCGAUUUCAUUUUCUUGAAGCCACACAAGGCAAGCCUUUUCUUUCAUAUAGAUCACCAAGAAGGGAGAAUCCCCAGAACUGUGCCCUUACUGCCUGGGAGCAGGGACAGAGUUGCUACUUUUGCAAACUGUUUCUUCCACAUACAACAUCACUUUGCAUCCCUGGGCCAGCAGAGGGAUAUAACACAACUAAGAAUCCUUGGGCAAACAGUUGAGCCCGGUGGGUGUGUUGAGCUCAGGAAUGGAGCGGGCUGGCUGACUGCAUCAUAACUAAGAACUAAUCCUCUCUGUCUGCCCUUUGGGCAAUUCCUCUCACUCUCUUCUUCAAUCCACACCCCCCCCCCCUUGAAGUUUUUACUAGACACCUUCCAGGUCAGGAUGCUCAUAUAGACUUCAGAUCCAUGCAGCCAAGGGGUGCCACAGGCUCCCUACCCUAGCUCCCAAAGACCUUGUGUUCAUUGGCUGAUCCUGGAAGCAGGUACUGUGGCACAUGAGGUAUUUGGGGGAAAUCUCAUGUGUCUCUUAUGCAUUGAUUAACCUGGCCCCUGACUCACAUGGGCUGUGGUUUUUAAACAUGAACACACACACAAUAUUACUCUCAAAACUUUUGUAUAAAUAAAUAUUUUGGGGGGAACUUGAAUCAUUUCAUCUUCUAGGAAAUAGCUCAUGGAACACUAAAAACUUUGUUCCUAGGUAUAAUCUUUAUGUAAUAGAGACCCUCUUAUCCCCAUUCCCACCUCUACCACUCAAAGUAAACUGGAACCUGGAACAGAGGAUCUUAAAACUCUAAUAACAUUGCUUUAGCAUGAAUGCACUGGGGUCAUACAGCCUCUGAAAUAGGCAUUCUAUAUUGUAAUGCCUUCUCCCACGAUGGUGCUCCGAGGUAUAUACACUCUUACUACUAAUGAGGAAUUCUAUCAGAUAUAGAGAAUGCCAGUUGGUCAGACUACAUUAAACAGAUAGAAAUCUAUCCCCUAAUAGGGAAAGAUAGAUACAAACAUAUGCACCUAUAUACGAACACUUGCAUAUAAGGAUAUGCUUCAAUGUAUUCAGUCACUAUUCCAACAUUUCUGCAAAGUCACCUGAAGAUCAAUUCAAAUGUCUAUGACAGAUGGCCUAAGAAUGCAGUUCUUGUGGUAUCCUGAGCACAGACUGGAAAUUACUAACCAGGAAUACCUUAAAAAAAAAAAAAAACAAAGGUGCCUAUUGACAGUGUUUCUAGAGCUAGAGACAAAGGAAUGCUCAUUGCUUUAAAUAUCUAAGAUGAAGGUCUCUGGACUCCAGAGAAGUUCAGAAUCCUAUUUUGGCAUUGACUCUCAAAUGCCUGGGUGUCAUCAAAGCAGGAAUGAGGCAGCCUUUGUCUCAUCCUUGCAGCACAGAGAUCACCUUACCUAGCGGUAAAGCAAAAACAUAAACAUUUAUAAAUUCUCUUUUAAUAGAAGACAUAAAGAGUUCAGGGUUUGGAUGUUUGUUUUUUGAAUGGGUUGUGUUUUGUUUGGUUUGGUUUUUGAUGACCCCUUCCGGGGGUUCUCGUAUGCUGAGUUGCCAUGGAAAUCUUUAGUUGCUAUCCUCAUAUUUCUGCUUUGGCCAUGACCAGACUGCACAAGGUAUCCUCAACUUGAUGCCAUACCAAGGAACAUCAGGUGACUGCAUUUCACUUAGUACCUUAAAUCUCCAACAUCUCAACCUGCCUUCCUAACAACAGGUGGUCAUUUAUCUCCUUUUAUGAAGGAGACACAGAGGGGACAGGGAGGUGGCUUGUCCAAGAUGAGGCCAAACUAACUUUGUGGACCUGAGAACUGAAAGCUGGUUCUCUCGGAUGACCAGUUUGGGUCUCUACCCACUACCUCUCAUUCCCGUUGGUCUUGAGACUAUAGUCAGAGAUCAGUAAGAGGUAAGAAAAAGUGAGGGUCUUCUUGCCAUUCAGUUGUCCCCCCUUCAAAUGUCCUCUCCCCUAGGAAGCCUUCCCUUUACUUACUCCAGCCAGCCUUGCUCCACAGGAACACUGAAAUAGCUGACUGUGGGUCAUCUCCUGUAUGGAGAGGAGAGACUUCGUAUGAAACCAUGUAGCUAGUUGUACUUCUUGUGAUACCGCAAAGAAAACAGACAACGGUGUGAUUCCAAAGAUAAUUUUUAUGGAAGAAGUCUUCUCUUGCCUUAA